UCAAAACCCGGUUUGUUUGACAACUUUCGUGUUUGUAGCAAAGUGUUUACUUUUUUGACUGCAAAAUAACGUCUGAGACGAGUUGUUGUGAAAUGGAGGGCUUGAGUACCGUGGAGUUGUGUGUUGUGUGAGAAGCUCUAAUCUUGCAAUUAAAGAUCGACUUGCUUUUAUGCCGUUACCAUUUGACAGAAUUUCAUCUGGAAAGUAGUUGAGGAAAUUGCUGGAGAGAGUUGAUGACUUUGAAAAUACUUUUUCGAAGAAUGAGCUACGAUGAACCGAGAAAAACGGCAUAAGUCAAAGGAAGAAACUGAUGCUGUUUCUGCAAAGAGGCGGAGGACAAAUUAUGAGGCAAAUGGAGCCGAUUGCAGUGAUGAUGGAUACGAAAGCAACGUUUCCCAACAGUCUCAGAGCAUUCAGAAGUUAGAGGUACCAGGAACGAUUGCAAAAAUUCACCUAAAGAAUUUCAUGUGUCACGCCAAUUUAGAAGUGGAUUUGAACCCAAGAAUAAAUUUCGUUGUUGGAAGAAAUGGGAGUGGAAAAAGUGCAAUCUUGACUGGCGUCAUCCUUGCUCUUGGUGGCAAUGCCAGUGCUACAAACAGAGCUUCAUCAGUCAAAGACUUUGUUAGAAAAGGAGCAACUACUGCAUCGGUUGAAAUAACUAUUAACAACAAAGGUGUCCGUGCAUAUAAACCUGAAGAAUAUGGCAAUAUGAUAAUUAUAUGUAGAACAUUAAGUGCAGUAUCAGGACAGUCAACCUACAGAAUACGGUCAGCAAGAGGGGAAGUCAAGUCAUCAAAAAAGGAGGAAUUGGAUCGUAUUGUCAGUCAUCUGAAUAUUCAGGUUAACAAUCCUAUAUCGGUGUUGAAUCAGGAUACAGCACGCACAUUUCUGAGCAACAGUGAUCCUGCAGAGAAAUACAAACUUUUCAAAAAGGCAACACAACUACAAGCUAUAGAAGACACAUAUCAGAACACAAUAAAAAGCCUUGAAGAAGCCAAACGCAUUUAUCAGCAGAAAAGGAAGGCAGCUGAUGCUUUGAAAGCUGAAAUAAAAGAUCUUAAAAAGCGAUGUGAUUAUUACAACUCCAUGGCAAAUCAUGACAAGAAAAUGCGCUUGUUGGAGAAUGAACUGAUGUGGUCUUUGGCUAUUCGCGAGGAAAAUUUGUACAAACAACUUCAAAAUGAUUUACAGGCAGAAAUUGCCAAAUGUCCAGAUAUGAGGAAAGGAAUAGAAAAAUAUCAAUCAGAAGCUGAAGAACUUGUUGACAUAAAUCGGGGUUUUAUUAGCGAACUCAGUAGUGUGGAACAAGAUGAAGCAGAAAUUUUAGGAAAAUUAAAUUCAGCAAAAGAAACUGAGAAAGCACAAAAUCAGUCUGCAUCCCAAAUAUAUAAGCUGUAUAAACAAAAGGAGAGUCUUAAAAAACGGCUUGAAGUAGAUAUCAAAACAUUGCAACAAGAAAUUAUGAAGAUAACAAAUAUGAAUGGAGUAGAUUAUGCUGCUGAGAAAAAGAAACAAGCAGAAAAAAUUAUUAGAUUGGAACACGAAGGUGAACAGAUAGAUGCCAGGAUUAAAACUGCAGACUUUGACUACCACCAGUUGAGAUCAGCAGUCUCUUGUUAUGUGUCUGAUCAGCAAUCCCUCAAAGCAGAAGAGAGAGAAAUUUUACAACAGAUAGAAGCAAAAAAGAGGCAGGUUAGAGCACUUGAGAGGGAAGACAGGGAUGUGAUAAGUCUGUACGGUUCUUGGAUGCCCAGCUUUUUGGCAAAAAUUGAUGAAUUACACAGGAAUGGAAAAUUUGAUCGGAAACCUGUUGGUCCAAUUGGCGCAUAUAUUAAACUUAAAGAUUCUUCUUGGGCACCUGCUAUUGAAAACUUCCUAGGUGCACGGUUUCUAAGCUCAUUCUGUGUGCACAAUGCAAAGGACUCAAGAGUACUAAGUUCAUUAAUCAAUAGUAUGAGAAUAGACAGGCCUCCAAAUAUACUCAUUGGGAAAUUCUUUGAUAGGGUUCACAAUGUCCAGCGUAAUGGAGUUGUAGCACCUGGCUACACAAGCUUACUAGGUGCUCUUAUAAUUUCCAAUCCUAUUAUUGCAAAUUGUGUAAUAGAUAAGCACAGAGCUGAAUCUGUCCUGUUGAUUCCAACUAGUGAUGAAGCACACCGACUUAUGAGUCGCCAGGAAAAUGUACCACAUAACUGUCAACGUGCUUUUACAAAGAGGGGAGAUCUUUAUUUUCCUGAUCCAAAUUACAAAUCGUAUGCUGGAUCAGGGUCAGACAGAGCAAAAGUGCUACAAGUAAACAUGUCAGAUGUUAUUAGGAAUGUGAAAGAAGAGUUAAUUGCUUUGGAAAGUAAGAUGAAGGAUGUUCAGUUGCAAUUGCAUUCAAUGAACAAAAAAGUACAAGAAGAGCAACAACAACUUCAAAAAAUUAAUGAUGUCCGUAACAGCCUGAGCAGGGAGAAGCUUAAUAUUUCCAAAGAGUUAUCAAAUUUAAAGAACUCCGUUGAACCAGAAUCGAGCAGUCUUUCAACACUGACAGAGGAGUUGGAAGAUAUUAACAAAAGGUUUAGUAUGGUGCAGAAAGAAUGUAAUAAGCUGAAAGAAGAAUAUGAGGAAUUGAUGGCAGAGGUUGAAAAAAGUAAAAAUGUAAUAAGGAGCCUUCAAGCAGAAAAUCAGCAAAUUAUUUCUGCAGGCACUUCUCUGAAGGAAAAGAUAAGUGCUAAUGAAAACUUAAUUCAAAGUGCAAAUAUGAAAUUGAAAGCGUUAGAAAAGAAUUAUGAAACUCAUCUUGCAAAAAUAAAACACAUGGAAACUGACUUGAAAACUCGUGAACUGAAAUGCAAGACGGCUGUCGAAAAAGCAAAUGAACUUUGUCCAAGAAUGGUUACAAAUAGGUCUAGUCAUGCAAUUAAUGAUGAACUGACAAACAUAAAAGAGUACAUAAGAAAUUUUGAGCAACAAGAGAAGAGUACCAAAGAAGAAAUUGUUAAGGCAUUGAAUGAGAAGACAGCAAAAUUUUCAGAAAUAGAUGUGAAUGUUUCCAGAUUAGAAAAGGCAUUUGAGAGGUUUCCAGCUAUUAUUGAAUCUCGCAAUUUCUUCCUAGACUGGCUGAAGAAGUACGUUAUCAUCAGAGUGCAGUGCUUCUUUUAUGGGAUUCUUCUCACACGGAAAUAUACUGGAAAAAUUGAAGUUGAUGAUGUGGCCGGCAAAAUGUAUGUGAGAGCAUCUCCAUCUGCUACUGGUAAAGAUGAAAACCAAGUGGUUGGUAAAGAUGUAAAAUCAUUGUCUGGUGGUGAAAGAUCAUUUUCAACUGUGGGCUUAAUUUUGUCUCUCUGGGCUGUUGCUGAACCACCAUUUUAUUUCUUGGAUGAAUUUGAUGUAUUUAUGGACAAGGUUAACAGACAGAUUGUUAUGGACUUGCUACUGUUCCAUGCCAAUAGUAAUGGAUUCCAGUAUGUAUUUUUAACUCCUCAAGACACGUCAUCUGUGAAGACGGGGAAAGAUUUAACCAUUCACUGGUUGGAAGCACCCAAACGAGGAAACUGCCUAUGACAAGGUGAAAUACAACACUAAUAUAAAUACUACCAGAAGUGUAGAUACAUUAUGUAUGUUCAGUCUGUGUCUCUUGUUUUGUAUUAAUGCCUACAACUGAUGAUAGACUGCACUUGUUUUCAUUUUAAAUAGUGCUGCACAUCCGUGAUUUAGAAUAUAUUGUAUUGUGAAAGUCAAACAUUUUACCUAUUUUCCAUGUUGUAUAUAAAAAUAUGCAUGAACACACACACGUUAUUACAAACUUUAUACAAGGCGGUCAGGAACUGUCUGAAAAACUAGUAAGGGUGUUGCAACCUAAUUCAAAAGCAAAUUUCCCUGGCUAUCACACCCAAUCCUGGUACUGUCCUUCCAAAAAGCAACUUAGGAGUACACCUCUUGUCAAUCAGUAUUAUCCUGGUCUUGAACAUAUUAAUCAGCUACUUUGACAAGGCUAUGAUUUCCUAAAAUCAUGCCCUGAAAUUAGAUCCAUUCUGUCUGAUAUUUUGCCCAUCACACCUAGAAUAGCUUUUCUUUGCCCUCCCAAUAUCCACAGUACCCUUUCAGAUCCUAUGCUCCUUCUGUACUCAUUUUCCUACCCUACAGCUCGUACUCCUGUGAUUAUUGCCACUGGAAGACUUGCCCUAUCUAUGCACCCACCACCACAACCUAUACCAGCCCUGUAACUGGAAAAAUGUAUACUUUCAAACAGAGAGCCAAUUGUGUAAUGACACCCGUCGUAUACCAGCUUGUAUGUAAACACUGUUCAGUUUUUUACAUUGGCGUGACUACCACAAAGUUAUCAGGAUGAAUGGGCAUAGGCAGAGGGUAUAUACUGGCAACACUAAAAUCGUGGUGCAGAGCUUGCUCUACAACACGAGUUGUGACCUCAGUGCCUGUUUUACCACACAUUCCAUCCGGAUUCUUCCCCCUAAAACAAAACUGUUGUUGUCAGCAUGGUGUGAGAUGUGUAUAAUAUGGAUUGCUGAUAAAUAAAAUAUUUUCAGACUUGUAA